UCUCACCCGUUUCUUCUCCUUCUCCUUCUCCUUCUUCUUCAUCGAGUCCCACAAGAGCUGACAAGAAGCGCCACCACGAGAGCACAGAAGAACGACCCCACACCAACUCUCAUAUAUAUUUCUUUCCAACUCCCCGGCAUUUCAGCAUCCUCCUCCGGCAAGCAACAAAAUUUAGUUUGCUUCUCUCUCUCUCUCUCUCUCUCUGUGAGUGAUGAAGACAAUCCUCUCAGGCUCGCCCCGCGAGUCCUCCUUCUCUUUCUCCCGACGCUACUUCAACUGGAGAAAGAAGCUGACCAACGACGACGAAGACCAGACCCUCAACUUCAAGUUCAGCUCCUCCUCCGAUCACUUCUUCGACGACGACGACGACGACGACGGCCCCAUCCCCGGCGAGCCCGACUACCCGGUCCCCAACUCUCUCGCCCCCUUCCAGGCCCCGCCGAAGAAGCUCCCCAAGCUCCGCUCCGCGCUCCACCUCUUCGGGAAGAAGCGCUCCAAGUUCCACGCCAUGCGCAGGACGCACGUGGUCGGGACGCUCUUCGGCAACCGGCGGGGCCACGUCCACUUCGCGUUCCAGGACGACCCGAGCUCGGCCCCGGCCUUCAUGAUCCAGCUGGCGAUGCCGACGAGCGUCCUGGUCCGCGAGAUGGCGUCGGGGCUCGUCCGGAUCGCCCUCGAGUGCGAUAAGAAGGCGACGGCGGCGGCGGCGGAGGCCGCCAAGAAGAAGAAGAAUAAGAAGAAGAAUGGCGGGAAGCUCACGGAGGAGGCGGUGUGGACGACGUACUGCAACGGGAGGAAGUGUGGCUACGCGCUGCGGAGCGAGUGCGGCGAGGAGGAGGAGAAAGUGCUGAGGGCGCUGGAAGUGGUCACGAUGGGGGCCGGGGUAUUGCCGGCCGACGAGGGCGACGCGGCGGCGGGGGAGGAGGGGGAGAUGAUGUACAUGAGGGCGAGGUUCGAGAGGGUGGUCGGCUCAGGGGAUUCGGAGGCGUUCUACAUGGUGAGCCCCGACGGGGGCGGCGGCCCCGAGCUCAGCCUCUACUUGCUCAGAGUUUGAGCUUCAUGAUGAAAGAUGAAAUAUGGUGGUUGGCCUUCAUUAGGUUAAUUAAGGUCGAGAAAGUUGCCUUGUUGCUUUUGAGUUUUGGCUUGUUUUUUGCUUUGUUUUACUGUUCUUUUUUCUUUGGAGUUUGGACUGAUGUGUUCUUAGUAUUACUUCAGCAGCCAAAGGUGGUGAAUUGACUUGAGUAUUUCAGUAGUAUGAAUAGACUCUUGAGGGGUAAAGGUGGGCAGCGAAUGAAGAACAUCGACGUCUGUCUCGGUUUGUUUUGACUAGACUAAGCUGCGAUCAUUAGUGACUUUUCAAGUUUUAUUGCUAUUGGCAAACUACAAUGAUGACCAUGUGAUAGUCAAAUCCAGGUUUUUUUUUUUUCUCUUC